GUCCCUCCGUCAGUUUCCCUAGUCAGCUUCUUCUCUUGCUCUUUAUUGUGUGUAGCUGGCUGCGUGUGGAAGUGCGUGCGUUUGAAAGCCGCUCAGGUUGGGUCCGAGAGAGCCAGCUGAAGCGAGAGUGCGAACAGGCAGGGGCGAGGGGAGAGCACAGAGUUUCAGGCGCAGGUUAAGGCGGAAAGGUGAGGAGGACCACCGGGUCAAAGGGAAGUUUGAGAAAUAACUGAAGAGGGAAGGGGUGGGGGAGGUGGAGGUUAGCAAGGUAGGAAGGAGUGGGGUACCUGCUGCCUCGCGCUGCACCCCGCCCCCUUUCUCUGUGCUUAUUCUACCACCCACCCGGCAGCUCCAGCCUCUGGGCUAUCCCAGGCGGCGGCGGCCGGUGCGCCACGGAAGACCGGUGCAGCAGAGCUGUCGCGCCACACGGUCUCCAGAGCCGACACCAGACGACCCAGAGCCGGAGAAACCACUUCGCCCAGGCUUUCGAAACUGCUAUGAACCAUGGCCCAACUGUAUUACAAAAAGGUCAACUAUUCACCAUACAGAGACCGCAUCCCCUUGCAAAUUGUGAGGGCUGAGACAGAGCUCUCUGCAGAGGAGAAGGCCUUCCUCAAUGCCGUGGAGAAGGGGGACUACGCCACUGUGAAGCAGGCCCUACAGGAGGCUGAAAUCUACUACAAUGUCAACAUCAACUGCAUGGACCCUCUUGGCCGCAGUGCCCUGCUCAUUGCCAUUGAGAAUGAAAACUUGGAAAUCAUGGAACUGCUGCUGAACCACAGUGUGUACGUAGGGGACGCACUGCUUUAUGCCAUCCGCAAGGAAGUAGUGGGUGCUGUGGAACUGCUGCUCAGCUACAGGAAGCCCAGUGGAGAAAAGCAGGUGCCCACUCUGAUGAUGGAUACCCAGUUCUCUGAGUUCACACCAGACAUCACUCCAAUUAUGCUGGCUGCCCACACCAACAACUAUGAAAUCAUCAAGUUGCUUGUCCAGAAACGGGUCACAAUCCCACGGCCCCACCAAAUCCGCUGCAACUGUGUCGAGUGUGUAUCCAGCUCAGAAGUAGAUAGCCUGCGUCAUUCCCGUUCCCGACUGAACAUCUACAAGGCACUAGCAAGCCCCUCCCUCAUUGCCUUAUCAAGUGAGGACCCCAUCCUAACGGCCUUCCGAUUGGGCUGGGAGCUCAAGGAGCUCAGCAAAGUGGAGAAUGAGUUCAAGGCUGAGUAUGAGGAGCUUUCCCAGCAGUGCAAGCUCUUUGCCAAAGACUUGCUGGAUCAAGCCCGGAGCUCCCGGGAGCUGGAAAUCAUCCUCAACCACAGAGAUGACCACAGUGAAGAACUUGAUCCUCAGAAGUACCAUGAUCUGGCUAAGCUGAAGGUGGCAAUCAAGUACCACCAGAAAGAGUUUGUUGCUCAACCCAACUGCCAACAGUUGCUUGCCACCCUGUGGUACGACGGCUUCCCAGGAUGGCGGCGGAAACACUGGGUAGUCAAGCUUCUGACGUGCAUGACCAUUGGGUUCCUGUUUCCCAUGCUCUCUAUAGCCUAUCUGAUCUCACCCAGAAGCAACCUCGGGCUUUUCAUCAAGAAACCCUUUAUCAAGUUCAUCUGCCACACAGCGUCCUAUCUGACCUUCCUCUUCAUGCUUCUCCUGGCUUCUCAGCACAUCGUCAGAACAGACCUCCAUGUACAGGGACCUCCCCCAACUGUCGUAGAAUGGAUGAUAUUGCCCUGGGUUCUAGGUUUUAUUUGGGGGGAGAUUAAGGAAAUGUGGGAUGGUGGAUUUACUGAAUACAUCCAUGACUGGUGGAACCUGAUGGAUUUUGCAAUGAACUCCCUCUACUUGGCAACUAUUUCCUUGAAGAUUGUGGCCUAUGUCAAGUAUAAUGGUUCUCGGCCAAGGGAGGAAUGGGAAAUGUGGCACCCGACUCUGAUUGCAGAAGCACUCUUCGCAAUCUCCAACAUCUUGAGUUCAUUGCGGCUCAUAUCCUUGUUCACAGCCAACUCUCACUUGGGGCCUCUGCAGAUCUCUUUGGGACGCAUGCUACUUGAUAUCCUCAAAUUCCUCUUUAUCUACUGCCUGGUACUGCUGGCCUUUGCCAACGGACUGAACCAGCUUUACUUUUAUUAUGAGACAAGAGCUAUCGAUGAGCCUAACAACUGCAAGGGGAUCCGAUGUGAGAAACAGAACAAUGCCUUCUCCACGCUCUUUGAAACCCUGCAGUCACUCUUCUGGUCUGUGUUCGGCCUUUUAAAUCUUUAUGUCACCAAUGUGAAAGCCAGACACGAGUUCACUGAGUUUGUGGGUGCUACCAUGUUUGGGACGUACAAUGUCAUCUCCUUGGUUGUGCUGCUGAACAUGCUGAUUGCAAUGAUGAACAACUCCUACCAACUCAUUGCCGAUCAUGCUGAUAUUGAGUGGAAGUUUGCAAGGACAAAGCUCUGGAUGAGUUACUUUGAUGAAGGUGGCACCUUGCCACCUCCUUUCAACAUCAUCCCGAGCCCCAAGUCAUUCCUAUACCUUGGCCACUGGUUCAACAACACCUUCUGCCCCAAGAGAGACCCUGAUGGCCGACGGAGAAGGCACAACUUGAGAAGCUUCACCGAACGCCAUGCUGACAGCCUGAUACAGAAUCAGCAUUAUCAGGAAGUUAUCAGGAAUUUAGUAAAAAGAUACGUGGCUGCUAUGAUAAGAAAUUCCAAAACAAAUGAGGGACUAACCGAGGAGAAUUUUAAGGAACUGAAGCAGGACAUCUCCAGCUUUCGAUAUGAAGUGCUUGACCUCUUAGGAAAUCGAAAACAGCCCAGGAGAAGCCUAUCCACUAGCAGCACUGAACUCUCUCAGAGGGAUGAUACCAAUGAUGGCAGUGGUGGGGCUCGGGCCAAAUCCAAGAGUGUCUCUUUCAAUUUAGGCUGUAAGAAAAAGGCCUGCCAGGGGCCGCCUCUCAUCAGAACCAUGCCGAGAGCCAGUGGUGCUCAAGGGAAGUCAAAAGCUGAGUCGUCAAGCAAACGCUCUUUCAUGGGCCCUUCUCUCAAGAAAUUGGGCCUCCUAUUCUCCAAGUUUAAUGGUCAUAUGUCUGAACCCAGUUCAGAGCCAAUGUACACCAUUUCUGAUGGAAUCGUUCAGCAGCACUAUAUGUGGCAGGACAUCAGAUAUUCUCAGAUGGAGAAAGGGAAAGCAGAGGCCUGUUCUCAAAGCGAAAUUAACCUCAGCGAGGUAGAAUUAGGUGAAGUGCGGGGCGCUGCUCAGAGCAGUGAAUGCCCCUUAGCCUGUUCCAGCUCUCUUCACUGUGCAUCCAGCAUCUGCUCCUCAAAUUCUAAACUCUUAGACUCCUCCGAGGAUGUAUUUGAAACUUGGGGAGAGGCUUGUGACUUGAUCAUGCACAAAUGGGGUGAUGGACAGGAAGAACAAGUUACAACUCGGCUCUAAAUCAAGCCCCUAUCACCUGUUCUGGAACUCAACAGAAAACUUACUCUGUCCUUGCUCUCUGAAGUGAUGUAGAUAUGAUUCCCUCACUGCCCC